AUGGCCAUGUCGAACCCCCAACAAGGAACCAAGAUGACGACCAGUGACUUGCGCUCCAGUUCCUCCUGGACGUGUGAUGAGGUCGCCGCUUAUUUUCAUGAGAAGGCAGGUGAACUCGGAGGAGACUUUGGUAGUGUAUUCAAGGAGAACAAAAUCAGUGGUAAGGUUGCGCACAAACUGACGGAGAGUCAGCUGACCCAAAUGGGAAUUGACAAUGUUGGAGAUCGGAUGCACAUAUUGGAAGAGAUUGAGAAAAUCAAGCGUAGUCUUGCUAAAGAGGAGAUUGAAAAGGUCCUCUGGGAAGGAGAGGAAGUGCUCUACUGGUCAAGUUGUCACAAAGCAUUUGAAACCUGUUGCGGGUUGUUGCCCCGUGACCCCAGUACGUACAAGCUGACGGCUACUCAUUUGACUCUCAACAUUGUUGAACCACUCCGUUGUGGUCCCAUCGUUUGCUGCUUUGGAGAAAAGUUUACGACGGAUAACACGGACCUGAGCAUGGUGACGGAUGUUGACGUUGCGGGUGGCAGGAAACGUUCCACGAUUACAGUUCAAACGAAGUUCGGAGGAGGCACCAAAACCAUGACGCUCCGCACCAAAGAAGCCAAGCGCGUCGCAGACAUGAUACUCAGCCAACGCAUGGAACGGGCUUAA